AUGUCAGACUUGCUAUCCGGCCCCCAGCCCUCUGGCAGUACCGGGCGACCGCAGAAUGGAGGUACACGACCUGCACAGGGAGGCGGUCCUACAGCCGCUGAACCGCCUCGAUAUCGUACGCCGACAGACGUCAUGCGUGAGCGUCGUCUGAGAGAAGCGAGGAAAGCUGAGCAGCAGGAAGCCGAGAGACAACGACAACUGCAGGAGGAAGAUAUUAGACGAAGACAACAGGAGCAAUCUGCUGGCGUUGAGGGUACUACGACAAGACGACCGGUCGCAGUCCGGCCAGAAACCCAAGCCACUCAAGGCUACACCAUAGGAGGCACCGCUGCUCCCACAGCGACAGCUUCUUCCGCAAGACGACAAGAAGCUGUACCUCCAGUCCCCCCCUAUCCAGCAAACAUACAACAGCAAUCCGGCUUUACACCGGGGCACACACGCUUGUCAUCCAAUACACAGCGAAAUCGUACCGAAGCAUACGACACGCUGAACAUCCCGGCUACCGCCAAGCCUACUCAGCAAGCCCAGCCUGCUUCAACCACUAAUGCUCCUCAGCCACAGCCGGCUGCCCUUCCUGGUAGUCUAUCCCGUGCCGCAUUUCCACAUGCCUUCGAACGAUGGGAAACUCUUUCCUCGCACUGGGAAGGCUUGACAUCGUAUUGGAUUCGAAGAUUGCAAGAAAACACUAACGAGCUAAAUGGCAAACCACUGGAUCAACAACUGUCUCGUCAGAUUACUGAUCUUUCCGCUGCAGGAGCCAACCUCUUCCAUGCAGUCGUGGAGUUGCAGAGGCUGCGCGCCUCUUCGGAACGGAAGUUCCAGCGCUGGUUUUUCGAGACCAGAAACGAGCAGGAGCAGGCGGCUGAGAGACAGGCGGAGCUAGAGAGACAGUUGCGAACCGAGAGAGAAGCUCGCACUAAGCUCGAGUCCACUGCUUCUACUGGUUCCGCCGAAGCAGUCCGCGCGGAGAAGGCGAAAACGGAAGAAGCAGUUCGCGAAAUGCGAAGAGAGCUCCAGAUCAGCAAAGAAGAAGCUCGCCGCGCGUGGGAAGAACUGGGUCGUCGUGAGCAAGAGGAGCGAGAGCGCACUAUAGCUCUUCGCUCCGGCGAGCCCAUUUUCAUUGGCGGUAUACAGGUUGUGCCGAUGCAAGGCAUCCGCAGUAGACAAGUCAGCUCGGCGCAGCGGCCACAGACCCGGGAUGGCACCUACCCGGGUGGUCCAACUGCGACAGCCUUGGGCGGCAUGCCGCCUCCACAACGGCCACCGUCGAGGAGCCAGACUACGACAACAUCGCUCGAUUCUCCCGGUGAAGAGCAUCGCCAGUUCAGCUACGAACCGCAAGAUACAUCUCCUACCUCCACCGACCCGUUCCGUGAAGCAGCUCGUCCUGGCACUAGUGAAUCUGGCCAAAGACUCCGCCACGAGCCCGACACUCAGUUCUACACUUCGAGCUCUCAACCGCCGACCUCUUCCGCUGCCAUGGCUACCGCCCAUCAACUUUCUACCACCAACGGACAGCACUUCUAUCAGCAGCCAUCGCCACAAACCACAAUCCACCAACCUCUGUCGUCUGCCACGCAGUCCGCGCCACUCCCACCCCGCAGCAUGACCGCGCAGUCCUCAGCCCGCAGUUACAUACCCUCGACAACAGGUUCCUCCGUUGGAGAGGAAGAAUACCACAUCAACCCAGAUGGGUCCUACACUCUAGACUCUCGUGGCCGCAGAAUACCUUACAAUCAGCCAAUUGGUUCCCCAGACGUUGGCGAGAUCCCAGGCCCUGCAGUAACUGGUCUUGCUUCCGAUGAGGAAGACGAUGAAGACGAUGACUACGCCUCCGAUAUCGCUCGCGAGCGUAUGUAUGCACAGCAGUACCAAACCUCGUCACCUGCGCGUCCGCCGAUCCCACAGAACCAGCCGCCGCGCGAGACUCUGGGCACGUCCUCUGGAAACAUCCCGCGAACGACGACGGGCGCACUGCCCCCUCUACCGACCAUUCCGCAGGGAAGGACUGCGGUGCCGACGAGUCAGGCGCAACCGCAGUCCGGCCAAACGCCCGCCGACUACGAGGGCAGUGCGUACGGACCCAGCUGGGAGGGCGUCACACCCCGCCACAUGCAUCCCACGCGUCUGAGCGACAUUCUCGAGGAGCAGACCAGCCGCACCAGCCCGAGUAGAGGCAGCUUCGUUAGCGGUGGUGGCGGUCCGCCGCCGCGGUGA